UUUGAUGCCGAAUUUCGCCGCUUCGCCAUGAAGCGCUCCGGCGCUGGCAGCUUCCAGGACUUCUACCACCUGCUGCAGACGGUGCACCAGAUCCCGCGUGUGGACGUGCUCCUGGGCUACACGGACAUCCAUGGCGACCUCCUGCCCAUCAACAACAAUGACAACUACCACAAAGCCCUGUCUUCUGCCAACCCCCUUCUUAGGGUCAUCAUCCAGAAGAAGGCAGAGUCUGAUGCUGGUGUCUUCACUUCGAACUCGUUGCAGCGGAAGAAGAAAGGGCUGCUGCGCCCCGCACACUACCGGGCCAAGCCUCACCUCCUCAUCGGCAUGCCGCAGGACUUCCGCCAGAUCUCCUCCAUCAUCGACGUGGACAUCCUGCCCGAGACUCACCGCCGCGUGCGGCUCCACAAGCACGGCUCCGACAAGCCGCUGGGCUUCUACAUCCGUGAUGGCAUCAGCGUGCGUGUGGCCCCACAGGGCGUUGAGAAGGUGCCUGGCAUCUUCAUCUCCCGCCUGGUAAAAGGUGGCUUGGCUGAGAGCACGGGGCUGCUGGCAGUGAGCGACGAGAUCCUGGAGGUCAACGGCAUUGACGUGGCCGGCAAGUCCCUGGACCAGGUGACGGACAUGAUGGUGGCCAACAGCCACAACCUCAUCAUCACCGUCAAGCCUGCCAACCAGCGCAACAACGUCAUCCGCAGCAGCAAGGCCUCAGGCAGCUCGGGCAUGUCCACGGACAGCACCCCUAGCCAGCAGACCCCCAGCCCAGCCUCCCAGUACCUGAGCAACUACAGCACGGCCGAGAGUGAUGAGGAGGGUGACCUGGUCAUCGAGAGUGACAGCGUGCCCCACUACAUCCCCGAGGGUUACCCCAACGGAGGCCCCACGGACAGAUCCCUCCAGCGGAGCCUGUCCCCGCACAGCUCGCGGGGCUCCCUGCAGUCCCUCGGCAGCUCCCUGGCCGGGACAGCAGGCAGGAGGACAGCACUCUCCUCACCCUAUAGCCGUGGGGUCCCGUGCCACCCUUGGUGGCCGGCUGGGCUUCUGUGUAGCCAGGCUGGUUGUGGGCACCAGGGCGAUGAUGGGGCCAGUGGGCAGGGGUGGAGUGGGGCUGCCCACUGCCCUCUCCUGCCACCCGUGUCCCUGGGGGCACUGCCCCUCUGA